UCGGAAUUCCAAAUCGGGGAACCCUAACCUCUUUCUAAACCUACAGCUCAGACUUUCCGUCCUGAAGAUCACUGACGUCAUGAUUUUACCUCGUUUUUCCCGAUUUCCAGUUGUCUUGAAAGCUAGCUCUUUGGUGUCGUCACGAUUACGCAUGUGCCCGCUGCUGCUGACACGACAGAAAACAUGGCGCUCGAGGAACCAAAUGGAGAUUUUCCAUAUUUACCUUCAGGGGUGGCGGAGGUAAACAAAAUGAUACAGGAGAAUGGUGACCUGUUUUCUGAUGCCCUGUGCAAAAUCUGCAGUGCUGUCCUGAAUUCUGACUCCCAGAAACUUGCACAUUAUCAGAGCAAAAAGCAUGCCAACAAAGUGAGACGCUACAUGAGCAUCCACAAAGAAGAGGAGCCCACCAUCAAAAGGUUCAAGUCGCCUUCGGGAGACAGUGCCAGCAGUAAUGGCGAGACGGACCGCUCCAAAGCCUGUCAUAUAUGUAACAUGACAUUCUCCUCUCCGGUGGUGGCUGAGUCCCACUACCAGGGCAAGGUGCACACCAAGAACCUGAGACUGAAGACCUUUGGCAACCAGACCCCAGUAGCACUACCUCAGGCCGUGGCCCCAGUGGUGAAAAAGAAGAAGAAGAAGAAGGAGGCUCAGUCAGAGGAGGCUAGCAACGUGGCAUCGUCAGGCCCAGCCGAGGACGACCAGGGCAACUUCUGUUCCAUCUGCCAUGCCUCGUUCAACAACCCCCUCAUGGCCAAGCAGCACUACGAAGGCAAGAAGCAUAAAAAACAGCUGACCCAGCAGAAGCUUAUGGAGACCUAUGGGCCAUCCACUGCACCAGCUUCCACAGUAAAGGGCUACCCAUGUACUGUCUGCAACAUCGAACUGAACUCUGUGGAACAGUAUCAGGCACACAUCAGCGGCUCCAAACAUAAGAACCAUGUCAGAGGGAAGAAAGCGAGCAGCCCGAUGUUCAUCGGCCCAUCGGAAAACAAGUACACAGCAGAAAACCAGCAGUCAGAGUACCAGUAUACACCUGAAGCCGAACCAGUACAGGAGGACUGGGGUGCUUUCAGCCAAGAUUACGAGUGACGAGCCUCCCAGUGCCCCCCCCACCAACACCACAGUUCCCUCAGCUAGGGCCAGAAGGAUCACCUGACCAGGAAAAGCUCUAGGUCCUUGUUACAAUACAGGUUACAACUAGGAUCCAGAGUUUGUUUCUUUUUUUCUGUUCAUGUCAGGAAAAAUCCCUGGACAGAGGGCAGCCUAUAUGUGGUGUUCUUUCUGUGGUGUUGUAUCUGCCUCAUGGAUGAAUCUCAACUCCAGCUCUAUAUCAUUCUGUCUACUCCAUGUCUAAAUCCCAGUACAUGUUCACUACCGGUCAAAAGUUUUAGAACACCUACUCAUUCAAGGGGUUUUCUUUAUUUUUACUCUUUCUACAUUGUAGAAUAAUACUGAAGACAUCAAAACUAUGAAAUAACACAUGGAAUCAUGUAGUAACCAUGAGAUUCUUCAAAUAUCCACCCUUUGCCUUGAUGACAGCUUUGCACACUCUUGGAAUUCAAUCAACCAGCUUCACCUGGAAUGCUUUGACAACAGUCUUGAAGGAGUUCCCACAUAUGCUGAGCACUUGUUGGCUGCUUUUCCUUCACUCUGUGGUCUGACUAUUCUUCCCAAACCAUCUCAAUUUGGUUGCGGUUGGGGGAUUGUGGAGGCCAGGUCAUCUGAUGCAGCACUCAAUCACUCUCCUUCUUGGUCAAAUAGCCCUUACACAGCCUGGAGAUGCUUCUUUAGCCCUUACACAGCCAUAAUGCGUCUUUGCGGUUGGAAUCUAAAAUUUGGAAUCCAGGACAGAUUUCUACCGGUCGAAUGCCCGUUGCUCGUGUUUCUUGGCCCAAGCAAGUCUCUUCUUAUUGGUGUCCUUUAGUCCUGGUUUCUUUGCAGCAAUUUGACCAUGAAGGCCUGAUUUCACGCAUUCUCCUCUGAACAGUUGAUGUGUCUGUUACUUGAACUCUGAAGCAUUUAUUUGGGCUGCAAUUUCUGAGGCUGGUAACUAAUGAACUUAUCCUCUGCGGCAGAGGUAACUCUGGGUCUCCCUUUCCUGUGGCAGUCCUCAUGAGAGCGAGUUUCAUCAUAGGGCUUGAUGAUUUUUGCAACUGCACUUUCAAAGUUCUUAAUGUUCUGUAUUGACUGACCUUCAUGUCUUAAAUUAAUGAUGGUCUGUCGUUUCUCUUUGCUUAUUUGAGCUGUUCUUGCCAUUAUAUGGAUUUGGUAAAUCCUCUGUAUACCACCCCUACCUUGUCAUAACACAAUUGAUUGGCUCAAAUGUAUUAGAAAUUCCACAAAUUAACUUUUAACAAGGCACACCUGUUAAUUGAAAUGCAUUCCAUGUGACUACCUCAUGAAGCUGGUUGAGAGAAUGCCAAGAGUGUGCAUAGCUGUCAUCAAGGCAAAGGGUGGCUGCUUUGAAGAAUCUGCUAUUUGUUUUUGGUUAUUACAUGAGUCUGCACUAUAUGUGUUAUUUCAUAGUUUUGAUGUCUUCACUAUUAUUCUACAAUAUAGAAAAACCCUUGAAUGAGUAGGUGUUCUUAAACUUUUGACUAGCAGUGUGUGUUGGUUGUGUUUCUAGUCGGUCAGACCAGAGAGGAAUAGAGACUCCUGGACAUGUUCUCUCUCAUUCUGUCCAGUUCAAAAUGAUGUCAUAAAUAUUUAAAAUUCCAGACAAUACAGUACAAUGAUAUGACUGUAGACAGAAUUUCCCUGGAUGUUCCUUUCGUUUGUGCGAGGGACUUGCAGUUGUGUUCUGGUUCUGUGUGAAAUAUAUAUAUAUUUUUUUUUUACCACCUUUUUUCCCCAUUUUAGGCUCCUAAUCCUUGUCCCCCCCCCCCCCCCCCCCAACACUCGUUCUUUUGAUCCCUCUUCUCUUCGACUGGCUGAGGAGAAACUCCAACAUAUCCUGUACAGAAAGUUAUUUCUAGAAUUGUUACUCGUUCUAUUAAUUAUAAUUAUUUCGGUUUGCUGUUAGCAACAUCGAGAGUGACUUGGGAUCUGUUUAUACAGGAAGCACAAUUCUGAUAUUUUUCCACUAGUCCUUUGACCAAUCAGAAUGCUAUUUUGACAAUAAUUGGACAAAAUAUCAGAAUACUUCUGCUUGUGUAAAUGCGUCCUUGGAUGUUUUUUUUUUAUGUUACAUUUUCUGCACCCACCAACCUCUGUGAGAACCUAGAUUGAUGUUUAUUUUAAGUAAAAGACUGGCAGAUAAGCACAUCCUAUAAUCGUUUUAUUAUAUGCACAUGGGCUUGUAUCAGUUUACAAACUGCGCUGUCAUACCAACAAUAUGCCGCAGCAGAAUAUGACAUUACUUCUCUAACUGUGCUUUUUAUUAGGAAUGCGCUGUCGGUACCAGGACUUAAUCUAUGUAUUUGUGUUUUGGUCACACAGGAAAAAGGAAAUGAAACAACUUACUUACAAUGUGACAUAUACCUUUACUAGACAUCUGCUGUGCUAUGUCAUAGUUGUAGAAUUCAUGCAAUAAUGUUUUAUUCUGUAGUUGUCCAUCUGUGCUGGUUGGGCCAGGAAAGAUUGUCAGAAUGUUGGUCAACAUUUUGUGAGUCUGGAGUGGAUUUGUCUGAUGUGAUUGUGAAGAUCUGAGAUUGUUUCUUCGGUGGUGAAACUAAAAUAAGCUAUUUCAAAGGCUGUGUUUUGUCUAGUUAGUGCUGAUACUUUCUAUGUUUUUGCAUUUAUUGAAAAUACAAAAUAUCUACUUGGACAUGGUUCAUAGACUGCCUGUAUCAGAUAAGUGAGGGAUUGAAUGUGCGGUGCAUUCGUUACUGACAGAUGGUAAAGGAUCAUAGAUUUGUACUUUAUUUACUCUUUCAAAUGAAAGAGUGAUAUAUGGAUCUAUAAAGGCAUUAAUACAUGUUUUGAUAAGAGCCCAUCCCCAAGUAUUUAAUUUGUGACUAGUUGUUUUGGUUAUUUGCAAUUUUGGCAUGUCUUAAGAAUAGUUUGGUUUUUAGCAUCAGACAUGACAAAUUGCAUAUUUUAGUAUUGAAUGUGUUCAGCCUUUGGCUGAAGAAAUGUUGCAUUGAUUUUGGAUGUAAUUCAUUCGAGGGCUUCUAAAUAAAUACAUUAAAACAAACAAAAAUAGUUUUAUUUUCAAUAUAAACUAUGUAUGGCUUAAAGUGCUAGAGAUCGUAUCUAGGUAAAAUGUUUGAACAAAAGUCAGAUUUCCUGUAUUUUUAUUCUAUUUACUCCGUGUUCCUCUCACCCAAAUGUUUUUGCUCCUCAAUCACAUUACUUUACAUUUGAAUUUGGGACUUUUUAUGGGCUUGCCACUGUAUGGCGCACUUACUCCUUUCUAGCCUAAGCCAUAGAGCAAGCCAGUGUAUCUGUCGCGGAAGCCUCUUGCCAGGGUUGUACAUCAUACAGACAAGCAAACAUCCAGUGAACACUCAAAUUAUUUCUCAAGAACAGUUCAGCUUUUCAACAUGUUCUGUAUUGUUAUCCCACUAUAAUUAUACACAUCUGUUUGUUUCAUGUGGUUCUCAACUAAGAUUUAACCACAUCUCUAUUUGGGUGAUGGUUUAAUGUUUUAGCUCACAUUUUAUUUGAGGACAUUAUUUUCUUAUGGCUGAAUUUUGAGGUUGUGUGUGGAGCUCAUUUUAAAAUGGGCCAUCUUGUUUUGAGUGAUGUACACAUUGAUCAAGCUGGGAGGGAAGUUAUUAUCUGACACACAGGCUGCUUUUUACUUUAUUUCUCCCUAUAUCUCCCUUUUAUUUCUCUCCUGUGCCAAAGAGGUCAAUGAGCUUGAUUUGGCUUAGGUACAAGUUCCAUUCAUAAAGUGUGUGUGUGUGUGCAGGAGGUAUGAGAGUUGUAUGUAUUUUCAUUGAUAACUUCUAUUUACUGCAAUGGGGAGGUGUCCUGGGCCACAAUUCAUAGAGCUUGGCACUACUAGGCCUCUGUCAGUGGUUUAUUAACACUGCAGACUCACGUAGACCAGCUCACAUCUGGAACAGGCCCCGCACACAUCCCCCUGUUGUGGAGCAGAAGAUAGGAUAGCAAUGCUGUAUGGUUAACGUUUUACAUAAACAUUAAUAAACUGCCUAGUGUGUUU